GACUUGAAAACCUCGAAAGCCAUGUCCAAAAUUUAACAUUACCAAUAGAUAUAACCACAAAAUUCAGAAUUGAACCCUUUCGAAUGAGAGGCAAUCCAAAGGAAAUAUUUUACUAUUCAACUGAUAAAAAUGAAAUUGAGAAAAAUGAUUUUAGCUCAUUAGUUUAUUAUGAUUCUCAAUUAGACACAGAUUAUUCUGAAAAUAUUAAUUUAUGUACUGAUUAUAAAAACUUUUCAUUGUCUAAAUUUAACAAUUUUUCUUGCAGAUAUGAUUUAUUUUUAGAAAAAUUAAAAAAAUAUGAAAAAGUAACAAAAACCCUUGAAAAUGAUAUCAAUUUUAUAUCUACCAAAAACUGCCUAGCAUCGUUAGCUACAAUUAUUUCUUCUCAAAAGGGUUGUGAAUUUAACCUUUGUUAUUUUGAUGGAUCAAUCUAUUUGUCUCAAGAUUUUUGUUGUUAUGAUCAGAAAAUUGUUAAUAUUUAUAAACAUAAUAAGGAUAGCACAAACACUAUGUUAUCAAAAAAUUCAAUUUGUGGCUAUGUUCUUGAAAAACUUUUAACCACAGAGACAUUAAACAAUAACAAAGAAGUCAAAAAAAAGCAACAAUUAAGCAAAAGAGUGAAAUUAUAGGAAGAGAUUUAGGAAGUUUCAAUAAUAAUAAGCAAUUUAAUUCACUUGUAAAGUUUGACAUGGCAGCUGAUGAUAAACCUUGGAAGAGCUGUCAAGAUAAUAUUUCCUUUUUAAUUAAAUCAAGGGUUGACUGCACUUUUAUUAAACCUUUUAAUAAAAAUAUUAAUAAUUUAAAGCAUUAUGUUGAAAUUAAAUCUAUUUUUGAGUCAAAAAAUACAUCUUUAGAUUUUACAAAACUUGAAAUGGAAAAACCCGAUUUUCACAGAAAAUCCAUAUUAAAAUUUUUAACAAUCUAUUUUCAAUGUCUUUUUGGUGGAAUGGAAAAAACGGUUGUAGUGCAAAGGAGCAAAGCAUUUAAUUUAUUUAAAAUUAAAGGAUUAGAUAUCAAUUUCAUUAGAACAUUGUUGAAUAGUCAUAUUCACAAAUGCUUGAAUUGGUUCGGAG